AUGAUGGAACUGGAAUCGCAAAAAAAAGUUGAAAUCAUUUGCAAGAAUUUACUAUGUGGAGGUGUAGCUGGAAUGCUAUCGAAGACUACAGUAGCCCCUUUGGAUAGAGUUAAAAUUCUUUUACAAGCACACAAUAGGCAUCACGAAAGUCACGGAGUUGUUGGAGGUUUACGACACGUCAUCAAAUCAGAGGGACCAUUAGCUCUUUACAAAGGAAAUGGAGCACAAAUGGUACGGAUUUUUCCGUAUGCAGCUAUCCAAUUUACUUCGUUUGAGCUAUACAAAAAAUAUCUAGAUGGAGUGUUUGGAGAAACGUCACAUAUAGAUAAAUUUUUAGCUGGUGCAGCAGCUGGCUUGACUUCUGUUUUUUGUACUUAUCCCUUAGACACUAUAAGAGCUCGAUUGGCAUUUCAGGUCAGUGGCGAGCACGUGUAUACCGGCAUAGCGCACGCAGCUACUACCAUUUUUAAAGAAGAAGGUGGCGCUCGAGCGCUAUACCGGGGAUUCACACCUACUCUUAUGGGUAUGGUGCCUUAUGCCGGUCUCUCGUUUUAUAUUUUUGAGUACAUCAAGUAUGGGUUUAUGAAAUAUUUACCACACUUGGCGUGUAAUCCUUGCGAAAAGAAUACCGGAGGAUUAGUCCUAACCGUACCUGCCAAACUUCUAUCUGGUGGCUUAGCAGGAGCAGUCGCCCAAAGUGUUAGCUAUCCUUUAGAUGUAACAAGAAGACGCAUGCAGCUAGCUAUGAUGAACCCUGAAACACAUCAUUACGGCCAGAGUAUGUUUACUACCCUCUACAAAAUUUACACGGACCAUGGAGUGAUUAAAGGACUUUACAGGGGAAUGUCGAUCAAUUAUAUGAGAGCAAUACCAAUGGUUGCAGUUUCUUUCUCGACUUACGAACUAUGCAAACAACUACUUAAUCUAGAUACAGGUUUAAAAGUCAGCGUUGGAUAA